CGCCCAGCUGCGACGACGACUCAACAAAGACACUCGCUUGCACCCGACCGAAUUCCUUCUUGUGCUUCUCACAGUCUUGUUGGGCUUGAGUCUCAGCUUGGUUAACCUUUCUGGCUGAGAAACAAACCCAGAAUACUCGACCGCGACGCCGUACAACGAGGUUGUUCGCCAACCUUCCUCUCUCGCUCAUUCUUUUUUUCGGCUUGUCGAUAAAAAUAGCUGCUGAUGAGACCGUCUGCGCUGCUGUCGCCUUCCCGUUCCCUCGCUUUUCCGUCUGUUGAUCGACCCUCCGAGUCAAGAUGGUGAAGCUGGAUUACGACCGAGAUUACUAUGCAGAUCUCGAACUGCCGCCAACGGCGGACGCUGCCGAAGUCAAGAAGCAGUUCAAAAAGCUAGCCCUGAAAUGGCACCCCGACCGCAACCCGGGGAGGGAAGAAGCCGCUAAGGAGAAGUUCCUGAUCAUCCAGGCCGCCCACGAAAUCCUCUCCGAUCCUAUCAGCAAGAACAAAUUCGAUGCCCAUCGUCAGCGGACUUCGAGGUAUCCCGCCGCUUCUGGGGUGAGGGGCAACCCUUGGCAGUACACCACGCAGGAAGUAAACCAGCGGUAUGGGGCUCCGCCGAGACGUCCUCCGAUGCCCACCCGCCAGCCUCCGCCAAAGGCAGCGCCGACGUCGCAAUGGAACUGGGCCCAGUCGGCCAAAAUGAGGACGGAGAGCGCCAGAGCUAAUAUGGAUGCGUGGGACCGGGCGCGGCCACAAACCAAACCAUCGCAGCCAACCACUGCACCUGGCGGUACCGACGCUGGCGCCGCGGGCGCUGCCCGUGCUUCCAAGCCCAGGGAGCCGCCAAUCCCGCGGACCGCAGCACAAGCCAGGCGGCAGGAAGCAGCGUUUGGGACCAGGAAGUCCGGAUAUGCCCCUGCGUCGCCUGCCGGAGACGAACCUCCUGUCAAGAACCAGCACUACAACACUGGCGCCUACACCGCCCAAGGGGCGGGCGCGACGCAAACGAGCAAACCCAAACCAGCAUCUGCGUUCGUCGAUCCACUGAGCGCCCAGUUCAUGGAGACGUUUCUGGACAGCCGUCAGCGCACGCCGUAUGCCGCUAAUGUCGGCGAGAAGACAAACCCCUUCGAGCCGCUCAACAUCCACCGGGCUAAGAGCAUGAGAGACGGGACGCGGCGGCCCCAAGACGGCGCUGACGAGGCACCCCCCACGCCGCCACCUCGACAGCGGAGUGCCAGUGUCGGCUCGGAUAACCUCAAGCGGUCGACGAGCGAAAAGCCAUCCUUCAAUGAGCCCAGUACGAAACCGGCCUUCCCCUUCCAGUCACGGGCAAGGGAACGGUAUAGUCCUCACGGCCCUGACGCCAACUCUGCCCCCCCAACGGCCACGUUCCCGGCUUCCAACAGCACCGCUCCCCCGGUCAACAGCAGGGCCAACGGUGCAACGGUUGAGGGCGUCGCAGCAGGACAAGCGCAGAAUGGCACCAAAGUGUAUGACUUUCCCUCCUAUGCCAAUCCUCCUAGAUCCUAUCCAGCUCCGCCUCUCCGUACAGGCGUCCAAACCUCCCAUCAGAAUGUCCGUGUUGGUGUGGGUUUGACUCCUACGAAGAGGUUCGACUUCCCAGCCUACAAGAGCGCAGAGGGCGCCAGCCCGGCUCCCAGUGGAGAGACUCGAAGCCCAGGCGCCAAUCCUUUCGAGGCGAAACUGCUUGCUCAAUUGCAACAGCUUCUGGGCAGAGCUCGACCAUCGCCGCCUGUCGGCGAUCCCCUACCGAGGGAGAAGAAGGACUAUCUGUCUAGCAAGCACGCUAACGGCAAUCGUAAUGUUAGCUUUUCGGUUCCGGACGACGACCUUGACUCGCCAGCCCCGCACGCUCGCUUCACCCGAAACAGUGCCGAUAAUAUCAACACGCGGUUUGUGGCGGAGGAGAAGAGCGGCGCUAGCUUCGAGUUCAGCGCGGGAGCAACGACGUCGACGGAUCAUGACGGCUUUCUCCGAGCGAAGCAGCGGGCUCGAACACAGCAAUCACCGCUUCGCAACCAAUUCACGCCGUCGGCCGAGCCAAGUAGCGGUGCUCCACAACCCGAGACUGGCAAGAAGCACGGGGAAUUUGUGGCGGAAGAGUGGAAGGAGGCAUUUGGGCCUCACAUUUUCGAGCCCCCGCAAGCCAACAAGGCGUCAACGUCGCCCACGCGACCCAUCCGACCGAUCAAGAAGCCGCGGCCGGUACGGAUGACCGCCGGCACGGCAGGAAUGGUGGAAGAGGAGGAGACCAGCGGCGAGGAAAAGGGCAAGCCGGGCUCUCGAACCAGCGGCAUUGACGGAUCUAGGAGUCCGAAUGCUAUGGACAUUGAUAGUACCCCACCCCCCGAGCCCUCGGCCGCGCAACAAGCCAACGGCCCGCGGAACAUUAACAUCGAGCCGACGAAGCCGGAGUGGCGAGCGGGCAAUGCUAACGGGAUCAAUGCCGAGCCCGAGCCCAGGCCGGGGCCAGGCACGGGCACGGGUACGGGCACGGCCCCGGCCCCUGCCCCGGCCCCUACCCCGGCCCCGAAGGUGCCAACGCCGAACCCCAACGCGGCCGGAUCCGAAGACAGCGAAGAAUUCUUCCGGCCCCUGUUCUCCGAGUUCCGCAACGUCGAGCCGUUCGCGCAGAAGCCCACCGGCCUCGGCUCGUUCGCCGACCUCAGCGCCAACCUGCCCUUCCCCAGCCGGGCGUCCGCCAAGGUGCCCCUCGCGCCCGAGAAGCCUCGGCAGCUCGACAUACCGGCGCCGCCGACGGCGCCGCGCGCGCCGGCCAGCCUCUGCAUCCCGGGGACCAAGGCCAGCGCGCCGGCGUGGACGACGUACGUGCGCGAGUUCGAGGCCUACGUCGCCCUGUGGCUCGACUUCAACCGGCGGGUGACGGACCACUUCGCGGCGCGGCAGCGGGCGCACGAGCGCAAGGGCCUCGCGUGGCUCGACGCGCAGGGCGACGCCGGCGUGCUCGAGUACCUGCGCGCGCUCGAGGAGGACAAGAUCGUGCGGCAGCGGUGGAUGGCGGCCUGCGAGGCCCACGAGCUGCACUUUCGCGAGUUCAUGGGCUGGCGCGAGCGCAUGCUCGGCGGGCUCAACGGAGCUGGUCUGAACUAAUUGAACUAACUGAACUGAGCGGAUUUCGGACUAGACGGGAAUGGACUAUUGGAGUGGACUGGUUGAGUUGGCUUGGGUUGCGGCUGGGCUGGGCUGGGUUGGGAGA